AUGGCGAAGACACAGAAGGAUAUGAAAGGAUGGGAAAUUCUCCUCAGUGAAAAGGCAGAAAGCCGACAUCUCCGGCAAAAGAUCUCAUCCAAAAGUUCUGGGAUUACAUUACGCCGAACAUCAGAUGGUUUGCAAUUGAAAGAAGGUAAUUGCAUAACAUUUGAUCUGAAUAGAAACUCGGAUUACAAGAUUUUUGGAUAUGGAUUUGUUAAAGACAUUUCAUUUGCGGUCGAUAAGUUUUUGGCUGUUCGAAUAUUAUGGCUAGUGAAAUUUGACGAAACGAUAGCGGAAAAACUCCCAGCAUUACCUGCCGGAGAUAAAUAUUUUUCCAAUGAGUUAUUUCUGACCCCUUUUCUAGACUCCGUUAUGGUCAGUCAGAUUAUCAACAAGUUUGAGCUGAUUGGUGUGAAGGAACUAAAAGCUUUAGUUGAUUCACAAAAUUCAGUUGAUCCUCCGAAAAUGGAAAACCUUUUUAUUUGUAGGAGAUUCACAGAUGAUUCUUCUACUUACUUCACAGAUAUAAUUGAAUGGACUACUAUGUUUGAGGCAUUCAAAGAAAACAAGGAUGAGUUUUAUGAUUCGGUAAAGCUACUUACGCUGAAACCUAAAUCAACCGGUAAAAAAACCACGAAAUUUACAAGUGAUGCAGAAAAGAGUUUAAGUCGAGCGACCAUAGCAAAGAAAACAUCAAAAAGGAAAGUUGAAUUACAGUCAGAAGAAGAUGAAGACUGUGUGGAGGGUGAAGAAAGCGAAGAUAAACUGGCUGAUUUCGUUGUUGAUGAGUCUGACGAAGAUGCGUUCUUGGAAGCUGAUUAUUCCGACGAUGAUGAGAAGCGAAUCAAGAAACGUAAAAAAACAAGAUCUCCUCGAAAGAGAAUAACAGAGAAGUCACCGAGGAAAAGUCCUAGAAAAUGGACCAGGAAGCUUAAUGUACCUGAACUACCUAUGAUUGUUGACGAAAUGGACCUACAAGCAGAUGGUGGAUUUUCAACAGCCAAAAUGUUAAUGAAGGCUAAAAAAGUUUUGGGAACAGGUGCAGAACUUAAGGCUUUACCUUGUAGAGAAGAAGAAUUUUACCAGUUGUAUCAUAGACUAGAAGAUGCAAUCCUGUCGAAAAAUGGCUGUUGCAUAUAUGUCAGUGGUACCCCAGGUGUAGGAAAGACUGCAACUAUUAGAGAGGUGAUUCAGCAACUAUCUGCCAAGAUGACUAUCGAGAGUAACGGUAUGAAGAUGUUCAAUUAUGUUGAAAUUAAUGGAUUGAAAUUGAUAAAGCCGCAAUCUGCAUACGAAGUUCUAUGGAAAAAGAUUUCGAAUACGGUGACUUCGGCAAAUAACGCAUUAACUUUCUUGCAACAACACUUCGAACCUGCUGACGAAGAAGAGGAAAAAGAGGACGAGUAUAUGAACAAGCUGCCAUUGGUUGUGUUGUUAGACGAGUUGGAUCAAAUUGCCACUAGGAAUCAGGCGGUCAUGUAUAAUUUUUUCAAUUGGCCCACGUAUCAGAAUUCAAGAUUAAUCGUUAUUGCUGUUGCCAAUACAAUGGAUCUUCCAGAGAGGUUACUUACAAAUAAAAUAUCGUCGAGAUUGGGAUUGCUUAGAAUCCAGUUUACUAGUUAUUCAUACAAUCAAUUGAGCGAGAUUAUAAAACAUAGGUUGGAACAGUUAAGUAAACAUAAUGACAAAUUGCUGAUUGCCAAAGAUGCGAUUGAAUUUGCGUCUAGAAAAGUUGCAUCUGUGAGUGGAGAUGCCAGGAGAUCAUUGAUGAUCUGUAUUCGUGCAGUGGAGAUUGCCGAGGCAGAAUUCAUGAGCAAGUCCGAUGCCGAAAGAAAGGAGUUGGACGGUAAAUAUACAGUGACCAUCAUGCAUAUUAUGAAAGCUGUGAACGAGACAUCAUCGUCACCGGUAACGGGGUAUUUAAACUCAAUAUCAUUUUUGAGCAAACUUGUACUGGCCUCCAUUAUGUUGAGGAAGAAGAGGUCAGGGAUUGCUGAGAUACCAGUGGGAGAGGUCUAUGACGAGUUGAAUAAUCAAAUUCAUGUGUUGCUAUUCACCGAAUUGAAAAACCGGCUCAAAGCUGAGGAUUUAAAGCUACUUGACGUGGUCUUUGGACAAGGCAAUAGCAAUAUGAGCGGGUCGGUGAUCAAUGCGAGCCUCUUCAUCCUUAAAGAUUUGGAGGAGAACGGCAUUCUUAUGAUGCAGCCGAUAAAAAUAGAGCGGAACCGGUUGGUUCGACUCAACAUCAGUGAUGACGAGAUUCUCAACAGCUUCAAGAGGGACAGUCUGUUGAAGGAGAUCAUCACGUUUAUCUAG